AUGUUCUACGUGCUUAUAGAGUUACAGAGCGAGCAACCGCGCGACUCAUUAAAAGAUCAAACCAAAUUGAAAAGACUGGAUUAUCAGAUCAUCGAUGCGGAUAGUUUGGAAAAACGGAAGAUUAAUGGCAAUGAAAUAAGGCAAUUGGCAGUGGAGGGUUCCAACUUACAAGACACAGUACUGCUCUUUGAAAAGGAAAUCAACUCUGUUAUUAACGGAGAAGAAUUUGUACUGUGCUCCAUGUUUUCGACAUGGGAACUGCGAGUUGUAUUACCACGAGAGGCUAACGAUGAACAAGUGGAACUACCUACGAUUUUGAAGUACCCCAUCGUGCUCGACUUAUGGAAGGAGUUUGACAGGUGGUGUACCAACCACCCAGACGCGUUACAAUCGGUCAAAGGAUACAACAGGAAAUGUAAGAAUUUACCAAUGGUCCAUCAGGUGCUCGGUGUCGAACAGCGGCUAAAUGAAAGUGUCAACGCCAACGGAUAUACGAGGAAAGAAGUAGGCAUUACGUCAGAUAUCCUUUUACAACUGCAUAAAAAAUGUUCAUCUGACGACGAUACAAAUACCGUCCUGACGCAACCUUACAAUUCCAAAUUGGAUUACGAAACUUUUACUGAAGAACAAUCUACUGUUUUGUACCUGAACAACCUACCGCCAGAUACCACACAAGGUGAAUUGGAAACGUGGUUUGGCCAAUUCGGAUCUAGACCUGUAAGUUUCUGGACCUUCAAGAAUAUAGUGGAGGAUACGUCGAACAUCAAUAACAACUGGAAUCUGAACAACAGUUAUUACGUUGAGGAGCAAGACAGUGUAUCGGGCUUUGCAACUUUCCAAACGUUUGAGGAAGCUUUUAAUGCUUUGAAGCUCAGUGGGCGGUCAAUACUAUCUAACGUUGCAAAUACAAAACAACCAAGGAUUGUCGAGCACGUAGUGGAAAUUCACCCCUCCUCCGCAAGGAUUUUGCAUUCGAGUGAAGAAAUCCUAUCUGCAUUCCCACAAAGUAAAAACAAGCCUAGACCUGGUGAUUGGAACUGCCCAUCAUGCGGGUUUUCAAAUUUUCAAAGAAGGACUGCUUGCUUCAGGUGUUCCUUCCCUGUACCAUCGGCCGUGCAGAAUUCGACCGGUUUUAAUGUCGAAUCAACAGCAAAUACUAACGGGCAUUAUAAUGGUGGCAAUAAUAACUUUCAACAAAACGCUUCCUCCUUCGGGCUCAACAGCACAGCACAAAAAAAUAACAUCACGAGACUGAACAGUGGCUCUAUUCAUCAACAAACAAAUAAUAGCAAUAACAAUGGGAACGGGAAUGUGAUGACUACCAUACCAUUUCGUGCCGGUGAUUGGAAAUGUGCCGCGUGUGCAUACCAUAACUUUGCCAAAAACAUUAUAUGUUUGCGUUGCAGCGGUCCAAAGACUUCUCAUCCACAUAACUUGAGAAGUCAUAGUAAUUACGGUCAGGAAGCUAAUACAAACGGCAUCUUUUUAAACAGUUUGAACUUUAAUGCUAACAGUAAAAGCUAUGACCCAACUAGAAAUGGGAAGUUCUCUGAACUGACAAAUCAUUACUUGACCAAUCGCAUCAGUAACGGAGGUAACAACUCUAUUAAAGAUUAA